AUGCCGAAAUAUGAAAUACAAGUUCAAGUUCCACGGGUGAACAAAAAUGGGUUUGAAAAAAGUCAGUCACAAUUUUUAUCAGAUGAUUAUGAUGAAUUUAGUGAUCCAACGUUAUCAUUUGAACGAAAUCGUAUUAAACAGUUGCAAGAUGAACGAGUACACAUUCAGAAAAAAACAUUUACUAAAUGGUGUAACUCAUUUCUUAACAGAGCACGACUUGAAAUCGUCGAUUUAUUUGUGGAUCUUGGAGAUGGUGUAUUAUUAAUGAAAUUGCUGGAGAUUAUCUCGGGUGAAAAACUUGGCAAACCAAAUCGAGGUCGAAUGCGAGUGCAGAAAAUCGAAAAUCUUAAUAAAACACUUGAUUUUUUGAAGAAAAAACGAAUACAGCUUGAAAAUAUUGGUGCAGAAGAUAUUUUGGAUCGAAAUGAACGGCUUAUUCUCGGUCUCAUUUGGACGAUCAUUCUUCGCUUCCAGAUUGAUACGAUUUCCAUUCCGAUGGACGAAGAAUCAGGUGAAAGAAAGCAUGCGAAGGAUGCUCUUCUAUUAUGGUGUCAAAGAAAAACAGCAGGUUAUGCAAAUUCAAAAGUAGAAAAUUUCACCACUUCAUGGCGUAAUGGUUUAGCUUUCAAUGCGUUAAUUCACUCUCAUAGGCCAGAUUUGAUUAAUUAUGAAAGUUUGUCACCACAAGAUGCAAUCGGAAAUUUAAAUAAUGCAUUCGAUGUAGCAGAGAAGAAGCUAGAUAUUGCACGUCUGUUGGAUGCUGAAGAUGUUAAUGUUGCUCAUCCAGAUGAAAAAUCUAUUAUUACUUAUGUUUCACUCUAUUAUCAUCAUUUUGCAAAGCAAAAAACAGAAAUGACUGGUGCAAGAAGAGUUGCUAAGAUUGUUGGUAGCUUGAUGUCUUCUGAUCAACUUCAAGAAGAUUAUGAAGCGCUAUGUUCAGAAUUACUUCUUUGGAUACAGCAAACCAUUACGAUGCUAAACGAUCGAAAAUUCCCAAAUUCGCUAAAAGGAAUUCAGGAUCAAUUAUUAGCAUUUAAAAAUUAUCGUACUGUGGAAAAACCACCAAAAUAUAAAGAGAAAGGAGAAUUGGAAGCUUUAUUUUUCACAAUACAAACAAAGAGAAAAGCAAUGGGGAGAAAACCAUAUGUUCCACCAGCGGGCCUAUUUAUGCAUGAUAUUGAAUCAGCUUGGGCACUUUUGGAUCAUUCCGAAAAUGACAGACAGUUAGCUCUUAUGAUGGAAUUGCGAAGACAAGAAAGAUUAGAACUUAUGGCGCAGAAAUUUGAACGCAAAGCAGGAUUACGAGAUGCAUGGUUACGUGAGAUGAGUUCUGUCUUGCAAGAUUUUGAUUUGGGUAGAAAUAUUGCUCAAGUUGAAGCUUCCCUGAAAAAACAACAAGCUAUUGCUGCGGAUAUCCUGCCUAGAGAAAAUCGAUUUAAGUCACUGUCGUUUAUGGCUGCGGAGUUAUCGAAGGAAAAUUAUCAUGAUAGUGAUAAAAUCCGAAUACGUGAACGUGAACUUUUAGAUAAAUGGUCACAGUUGCUAGCGGCUUUAGAAGCACGACGUCGUGCGCUUUUAUCAUUAAGUGAUCUAAUGGGUUUGCUUCGGGAUAUAGAUACAUUGUUAUCGGAGAUACGUGCGUUAGAGCCUCAAUUUCGGAGUCGUGAUGUUGGAAAACAUUUGUUAGGAGUGCAGGAUUUGCUUGGCAAACAAGAGAUUCUCGAAGCACAACUCAAUUCACAGGGAGAACUGUUGAAAAAUGUCACAUCACAUGCAUUGGACUAUAUUCGAGGAAAGGGAGAACAGUAUGAUGUGUUGCAAAGAAAACUAGAUAAUGUGAGCGCUCUUUAUGAAAGUGUUGUACAAUUAUGCCAACAGCGAAGGAUAACUUUAUAUCGUGCUCGUGAUUUAUACCGUUUUAUUCAAGAUCAUGAAGAGGAAAUGAGUUGGUUACAGGAAAAAGAAGAUUUAUGCAUCUCACUUCUCAAAAAUAGAGACCUUUCAGCUACUGCUCAAUUAAGACGCACUUUUAAGAAUUUGGAAACUGAAAUGGAAGGACACUGGCAAAGAGCAAAAGGAGUGAUUGCAGCUGGUGAGCGACUAGUAUCAAAUGGUCAAAAUAAAGAAGAUAUUCAAACGAGAAUAUAUAAUUUGCACGCUAAAUGGGAGCAGCUAAGAAAAGUAGUUGAAGCGGUUGGAAGAUGGUUGCGUGAAGCUGAACAAGCUCAUCAGUAUUUCCAGGAUGCAAAUGAAGCAGAAAGUUGGAUUCGUGAAAAAAUGCCACUUGUUAAAAGUAGUGACUAUGGGCGUGAUGAACAAGCAUCAGAAAGUUUGUUAUCAAGGCAUAUGCGUUUGGAAGAAGAGAUUCAGGCUUAUCGAGCUGAUAUAGUAAGACUUGAAGAGAUGGCAAGAGAGUUAGCAAAUACGGAAUUCAUCGCGGGCGCCGUUGUGCGUAUCGAAGAAGAUACUGAAGAGCUUAUUGUACCUCAAGUGAAGAUGUUAUACCCUUACUCCGGGAAUAAUAUCGAAGUUAAAAAAGAUGAGAUAUUAGCACUAAUUGAAAAAUCAAACAAUGAUUGGUGGCGUAUUUUGAAACAAGAUGGAGUAGAAGGUUACGUACCUGCAAAUUAUUGUAAAAUUGUGGAAGGCGAGACAGUAACGGUUGCACAAACAAUAACUACUCGGAAGUCGGAACGCGAAUCACAGGGUUCCCGAAAUGCUAUUAUGGAACGUCAGGAAGCUAUUAGCGCUGGUUAUCGAAAUCUGAAUAAUUUGGCUGAGGAACGCCGGCGACUUCUCAAUGAUGUAAUCAAGUUGUUUAAAUUCUUACGUGAAUGCGAUCAAUUUGAAACUUGGACAAAAGAAACAGAAAUGUCUCUUGCUGAUAGCACUACUUCAGAUAAUGUUAAGACUUCACGAAAGAAAUUUAAUAAACUCGAAAAUGAAAUCAACGCCAACGGUAGAAUUCAAAUUAAACGAAUUAAUGACGUUGCCGAAGAAUUAGUUAAUGAAGGUCAUAGCCAUAGUAAUGAAAUUCGACGACGUCAGGAUGCAGCGAAUUUGCUUUGGAACAAAAUACGUGAUCUUUUAAAGAUAAAGCAGCGUCAACUUGAAGCAGCGGAAAGAGUUGCAGCAUUUAAUGAAACAUGCGAAGACGCUCGAUCAUGGAUGCAAGAUAAAUUUGACUUACUUGAACAUAAAGUUGAUAUGAAUGAUCCAAAAGCUGUUCAGGCAAUACAGAAACGUUAUCAAAACUUGGGAAAGGAUCUUAAACCAUUGGAGGAAAAGAUUCGUUUCCUGCAGCAGCUUGCAGAUGAGGUAAAGAAAGAGCAUCCUGAAGAAGCUGCUAGAAUUGAACAAAUGAUUAAAGAAUUAGUUAAAAUGCAUGAUGAACUGAGACAAAAAUCAGCUGCACGCAUUGAGGAAGCCGAACAAACACAGGGUCAUCAAAUGUUCGAUGGUGCUGUGAAGAAUUUGCAAACAUGGAUUGACAAAACAAAAUUAGUUCUUGUUGAUAAUACCCGACCAGUAGAUGUUUCAUCAGCUGAAGAAUUAUUGAAGAAGCAUUAUGAGCUCAACGAUGAUAUAAGUGGUAAAAAAUAUGAAUUCGAUUAUAUACGAGAUCUUGGACAGCGUUUACUGCAAAAAAAUUCUGCACUUGAAGAUGUAAAGGGAAGUCUGAAAAAGUUAGACACCGAACAGCAAACACUCAAUGCUUUAUGGAAGGAAAAAGAACGAUGGCUGAAAGAACUUUUGAAUUUACAGUUAUUAAAUACCGAAGCGGAAAGAAUUGACGCAGCGACAAAAGGACAUGAAGCUUUUUUGGAACUUUCCAAUCUUGGGGAUUCGGUAGAAACAGCUGAGAAUUUGUUAAAGCGUCAUUCGGAUUUUGAAGCGAAACUUCGAGCUCAGGAAGAUCGAUUGAAAGUUUUCGCGAGAGGUGCCGAUCAACUGAUCCAGGCAAAACAUAGCGAAGCAGAUUUCAUUAAAAAGCGUCGUGAUGAUGUUUUGGCUCGUCGAUCGUUAGUUCAUCAAGCAGCAGCAAAGAGGCGUGCACAGCUAGAAGCAUCACUUCAGUAUCAAAAUUUACGCCGGAAUAUUCAAGAACUGUCUCAGUGGAUAGCGGAAAAACGGAAGAUUGCAAAUGAUGAUUCAUAUCGGGACACAGCAUCUAUUACAAUGAAAUUACUAAAACAUAAAGCAUUCGAAGCAGAAUUGAAAUCAAAUGUCGCACGUUUAGACGAAUUGAAUGCGGAAGGAAAUUCGCUGAUAGCAGCGCGGCAUUACGAAUCGAAAUCCAUUCGAAGAUUGUUAGAUGGUGUAAAUGUCGAAUGGUCUGAUCUUUUACGUGCAGCAAAUGCUAAAGGAGAAUGUUUGAGACAAGCGGAAGAUCAAAAAGGAUUGAAUGAAGCUCUGGAUGAUGCUCACUUGAAGUUAGACGAAAUACAAGCAUCUUUGAAUUCGAAAGAUUUAGGAUCUGAUUUGCGGGGUGUGAAGGAACUCAUCCAUAAACAAGUUGUUGUGGAGAAGGAAAUGACUGUUUUCGAGAAAAGAGUUCUUGAAAUGAUGGAGAAAGCAAAUGCUAUGAUACAACAGGGACAUUUUGAUUCGACUGCCAUUAAGAGAGCUAUACAGAAACUUACUGAAAGAUUUGAGUCAUUGAAGGAACCAGCCAAAGAUCGUCGGAUAGCACUGGAGGAAAGUUUAAAGUGGCAUCAAUUAUCGUUUGAUAUAGACUGUGAAAUGCACUGGAUUUCAGAAAAGGUUCCAAUUGCAUCAUCUGAAGAAACUGGCUAUUCUCUUACAGAAGCUACCAAUAUGCAAAAAAAGCAUGAACAGUUGGAGGCGGAGGUGGCGUCACGAUAUCCUCAUAUCAAGCAGACAUUGAAUCGUGGUAGCAAUCUCAUUAAGGAGAAGCAUUAUGCACAGGAGCAAAUACGCACUAAAUAUGAACAACUUGCUGAAGCGUUAGAACAUUUAAAUAAUUUAAUGCGAAAGCGAAAAAAUUUGUUGGAUUGGGCUUUAAAAGAAGAGCAGUAUAUGUUUGAUGCAGCCGAGGUCGAUUCUUGGAUGAAUGAAAAACGGGGAGCAUUAACAUCAGAAGAUUACGGUCAAGAUGAAGAUGCAGCGCAAAAGUUGUUAGCUAAACAUAAAGCUCUACAGGCUGAUAUGGUUACAUAUAAGCAAUGGCUUCAGAAAUUGGCAGUUCAGUGUAAAGAAUUAGAUAAUUCGAAUCGAUCAAAUAAUGAGCGAUUUAUUAUGAGGCAAACAGAAUUGGAAAAAGAAUUUGAAACACUUUCAACUUUAGCAGAUGAAAGAAAACAACAACUUGAAAAUGCAGUCUAUUUAUAUCAGUAUUUACGAGAAAGUCAAGAUUUAGAAGCAUGGAUAAACGAACAAUUACUGGUUGCAAUGAGCGAAGAUUAUGGAAUCGAUUAUGAACAUUUAAAGGAAUUACAGAGCCGUUUUGAAGAUUUCAAACAAAGUGUCAAAACAGGUAGCGAAAGAUUUGUCCAUUGUGAAUCAGCAGCGAAUGCAUUGCUGAGACGUAAUCCACCGUUUGCUCGUGACAUCUUAAAAAGACAGGAAAAACUCAGGUCUGUUUGGUCCUUGCUACUAGAUUAUAUUGAAAGUCGCGAUCAGAAGCUGGAAGCGGCAGAAGAGUUACAUCGUUUCAAUCGUGAUGUAGCUGAGAAUCAAGAACGAAUAGCUGAGAAGCAAGCUUCAAUUCCUGCAGAACUUGGCAAAGACAUUAAGCAAGUGCAUUCUUUGUGGUUGAAGCAUGAAGCCUUCGAGAAUCAGCUUGGUGCUAUGGAGCAGCAGUUACGUGAUCUAUUAGAAGAAAGCGCACGCCUGAAAGCUACUUAUCCUGGUGGUAAUGCGGAACAUAUUACAACACAGCAAGCAGCUUUGGCUGAAGCUUGGCAGGAUUUGCAAGAUGCAACUGUUACACGUCGUGAUAUGCUGAAAGCUGCUUAUGAUUUCCAACGUUUUUACGUGAACGCUCGUGAUUUGAUUGCAUGGACAGAAGUCAUUGUGAGAGAUAUGCAGAGUAAGCAAGUAGUACAUGAUUUGCAAAGUGUGGAGUGGUUGCAAAAGGAGCAUCUUCGCUUGCAGGCUGAAAUAGACGCGCGUGAACCGGAUUUUUCACGAUUAACUGGUCGCGGUGAGCAGAUGAUAGCAAAAGACCACUAUGCAAGCGCAGAAAUUACUGCAAAAUUGAAGCAGGUUGACCAAGCUUUGAAACGAGUCCGAAAUGAAUGGGCCAUACGGCGGGAAUGGUUAUCUCAGAUACGUGAAUGGCAUGCAUUCCAACGCGAGGCAAAACAAACUCUGGCUACAAUCGCAGCUCGACAAGCAACACUUUGCUGUGCGCAGAUUGGAGGAACAGUGGAAGAAGUUGAAAGUCAAAUUAAGAAAGUGGAAACGUUUCAAAAGGCACUUGCAACUCUUGAUGAUCGCAUUGUUGCUUUACAAAAGACAUCAAAACAAUUGAUUGCUGCUAAACACAUUGAAUCCUCGAAAAUCGAUCAGUAUAUGAAGCAGGUGGAAGGAGCUCUUGCACAGCUUCGUGUACAAUUGAAUGUACGUAAGAGUAUUCUGGAUGAUGCAUUAAAUUUGGCUCGUUUCAACAGUGAUAUGAUGGAGAUAGAAAGCUGGAUUGAUGAUAAACAGAAAAGAAUAAAUGCUGAAAGUGAUAGACAAGCAAAGUUAACAAGUAUCGAAGAUAAAAUGAAGCGCCUACAAAAGCAUCAGGCAAUGGAAGCUGAAUUGUCAACAAAUGAGUCGCGAAUUCAAGAAAUGAGGAUGCGAGCACGAACAUUAGCAUCCAAACCUACCAAUGAUGGACAUGACAUUAACAAGAGGACUGGUGCUAUGCUUAACAAAUGGGAUGAAUUAGUAGCUAUGUCACGUGACCAAAGUAGUGCAUUGGAGGAAGCUCGAGAUUUGCUUGAUUUCAAACAGCUUGUUGAAAGAGUUAUGCGAUGGAUAAGUGAAAGAGAACUUCUGAUUAGUGCCGGUAAGAUGGGUCGUGAUAUGGAGCAUUGCCAAGCAUUGCUGGAAAAAUUGGAUGGUACACAAGCAGAUGCAAGUGUUGAUCAAACUUCCAUUGAAUCUGCGAAUUGUUUAGGUCAAAAGUUGAUUGCUCAAGGGCGGUCUUCGAAGGAUGAGGUGCAACAGCAGCUUAAAGAACUAAAUGAAGCUUGGACACAGGUGCAAGUCAAGUUAAGUUUAUAUCGCUCACAGCUUCGUUCAGCACUUGAAAUUCACGCAUUCAAUCGCGAUGUUGACGAUACUUGUGAAAGGAUUCAGGAGAAACUUACUGCUGUCACAAGUGAUGAUCUUGGAAAAGAUUUACAUUCAGUCGAAGCAUUGAUACGUAAGCAGGAAGCAGUGGAAAGGGACAUGACUGCGCACGAUAUUGAGGCACAGAAACUUCUCGAUAAGAAACCUCCGCUGUGUAAUACAGUUAUUGAAUCAUUACAGAAACUGGAAACUUCUUGGAAGCAGUUAGCUGAACGAGCAACGGCAAGGGGACAAGCAUUAAUGGCAUCUGGCGAAUUACACAAAUUCCUUGAUGCAAUGAGAAAAGCUGAAAUCUGGGCAGUAGAUGCGCUCAGUCGACUUACAACUGCGGAAAGUCCACGUUCUGUAACAGACGCUGAUGCAUUUAUUGCUAGGCAUGUUGAAAAGCUUGCUGAAAUUGAUGGGCGACAGCGUGAAAUAUCAGAGUUGCGGGAAUGGAGCACGCGAUUGAUUGCUAAACAAUCAGAUCAUAAAGGUGAAAUACAACGAGCUAUAAAACGACUUCAAAAUGUGGAGCAUCAGUUACGUCAAGCAUGGGAAGCUCGAAACGUUGCCUUAGCUCGAGCUCGAAAUCGCCAACUGUUUGCUGAUCAAGCUGCUCGUGCGGAACAGUGGCUUGCAUCUAAAGAAGCAUUCCUUAAACAGGCAGACAUGGGCGAGAGUGUUGUUGCUGUUGAUGUCCUACUUAAGAAGCACUAUGAUUUUGAAAAAACCCUUAUUGCCCAGAGUGAUAAAAUCGAUGCCCUGAAGAAAGAUGCGGACUCGCUUGCAUUAUGUGAUGUUGAUUAUCGUAAUGAAAUUGAGAAAAUCCGGGAUACUGUUCUCUCUCGACAUGCAGCCCUUAUGGAUUCAUGCAAACGACGUCGUGAAUUGCUGAAUGAAUCACGUAAACUUCAUGAAUUUAUCGACAGUUGUGGUGAACUGAUGACGUGGAUUAAUGCAAAUAUCCAGCUUGCAUACGAUGAAAGUUUUUUGGACCAAACAAAUUUAAGGGCCAAACUACAAAAGCAUUUGACAUUUGAUGCUGAGUUGGAAGCCAAUGAAGGUCGUGUAAACUCGAUGAUUGAAGCCGGCAGUAAGCUCAUUACUAGCAAACAUUAUGCAUCCGAUCGAAUCACUUUACAGAUCGCUGAAGUAAAACGAGGAUGGGAUGAAUUACGAAGUAAAUCAGAAAUGAAAAAGCGACGGUUAUGGGAAGCUAAUGAAGCAUAUCAGUUGAAUCGACGUAUUGAAGACUUAGAGAAAUGGCUUGAGCGAGUAGAAAGCGAUUUAUCAAGUGAAGAUCACGGAAAAGACCAUAUGUCUGUUGAAACGCUUAUUAAGAAGCAGGAUGAUUUGGAAGCUGAAAUCAAAUCUAGGAAAGAUGCUGUGAAUGAAAUUGUCUCUAAAGCACAUGAAUUCCAGAAGAAGGGUUAUGCAACUGCUAAUGAUUCAUUAGAAAUGGCAGAAGCUCUCGGGAUACGAUACAAUGAGCUGAAAAAACCUUGCAUAAUUCGCCGUGAAAACCUAAACGAUGCUUUAGCAUUUUAUGGAUGGAUAUCAGAAGCAGAAGAGCAAGUUGAAUGGCUAAGUGAUCGAAAACGACAGACGAUAAGCACUGAUUACGGCGAUACAUUGCAUGCUGUGCAGUUGCUUACCAAGAAGCAUGCACAUCUUGAGGCUGAUGUUAAUAGCCGGCGGGAAGCGAUAGCAAAGGUCGAGGAAAAGGGUCGCAAGAUGAUAAAAGAUGGGCAUUUUGCAUCAAAUGAAAUACAGGAAGUUCUAGACGAAUUGUCGACUUUGGUUUUAUCUGUAAAACAAUUCAUAGACGAAAGAUCACAAAAACUGAAAGAUUCUUUACGAAGUCAGCAGUAUUAUGCAGAGGCUAAUGAAGCUGAGCAAUGGAUGCGUGAACGCAUGCCACUGGUGGCAAAUAACGAUAUGGGUAGGGAUCAGGCGGCUGCAGAAGGGCAUUUGAGGCGAUUAAAGACACUAGAAAAUGAUAUAAACAAAUUCUUUAAUGAAAUUGAAAGAUUACGGAAGGAAGCGGAAGUAAUGCUUACUGCAAAACAUUUUGAUUCUACGAAUCUUUCGUCAAAACAAACCAAAUUAGAAGAACUAUACAAACAGCUGAGAGAUGAUAUUGCAAGACGUAAAGUGCAACUGGUAGAUUCAGCAAGAUAUCAUGCCUUCGUUCGCCAAGUUGAUGGUCUCGAUCGAUGGCUUUCAGAGAAAUUAGAAAUCACUAAGCAAGAAAAUUAUGGCCGCGAUUUGGCUGAAUGUCAAAAGCUUGUAACCGAAUUUGAUCAGGUUGUGCGUGAAUUAGCUUCUGCUGGUGAAAGAAUAGCUGCAGUGAGAAGAACUCAGGAAGAGCUGCUUCGCAGUGGUCAUCCAUUUGGUGUGUCGAUUAAGGCGAAAGGAACUGAUCUGCAACAUCUUUGGUCUCGAGUCAACGAAGUAGCUAAUGAACGUCAACAGGCUUUGCAAGGGGCUAUUCAGGUUCAUAAAUUCGAUCAAGAUGCUGAUGAAACUCUUGGUUGGUUGGAAGAAAAGGAAGCGCAUCAAGUAGCACUUGAAGGUGAAGAUAUUUCGCGUGCUGAUCUUCCUGCGUUGAAACAACUAAUGAGUAAAUACGAUGAAUUUAUGCGUGGAGUUACAGCAGUUGAAAAACAGGUCAACGAUUUAAGCCGUGAAGCAGAACGUUUAAUGUCAUUAUAUCCUGAUACACAGGAACAUCUAGUAGUGCGUAAAAUGGGAAUGGAAGAGCAGCUGAAGGAUGUAAUCAGUACUGCUAACAAAUAUUAUGAAAAGCUGCAGCAGAUGCGAAAUUUACAGUCAUAUUUCCAAGAACAUCGGGAUUUAAUCAUGUGGAUCAAACGUUUACAACAUGCUAUAACAAGUGAAACACUUCCAAAUGACGUGGACGGAUGCAAAACAUUAAUGUUAAGACAUGCAGAAUACCAAGCUGAAAUUAGUGGACGACAGCCUGCUGUUGAUGAAUUUAUUCGUAAGGGUAACAAUAUGAUUACUGCACAACAUGUUUUAUCUUCCGAGAUAUCCGGCAAGAUUAAACAACUAGAAACAGCUGUGGAUUUGUUGAAAGAUAUCUGGAAAGAACGAUUGGUGUUAUAUGAAGAAAAUUUGGACUUGCAACAAUGGAAACGAGACGCACAUAUCACAGAUGCAUGGUUAACGGAGAAAGAAGACAUGUUGAAGGAGGAUUGGAGGAAGGUUGAAGAUGUUGACGAUGCGGAUAAUAAGAUAAGGAAUUUUGAUGAUUUUCUAAUAACACUGGAAGCACAAGGUGAGAAAUUUGACUCAUUGAAAAGGUUAACUCUUCUCGAGAAGGCUUAUUCGCAGCAACGUAAGAAGGAGUCCGAAAGGAUUCGAGCAGAGAAAGGAAAAAAUGAAUCACGGAACGACAGCAUCAAAACAUUUGAGAAACAAAAUAAAUUGCAAGAUCGUCGGAAGGAACGCGAAAGACGCAUGACUCAGGAAGUUUCAUUGUUGAAACCAAGUCCAUCAUACACCGAAGAAGUGUACGCAUCACAUACUUUACCACAUCCUCGACGUGGGACAGAACCUGUUCCAUGCAUUCGGACAUCCUCUUUCGAAUCGAAAGAGGCACCAUCUACUCCAUCAAGGCAGGCAACUUUGAGUGUUUCGGAUGGUUCGUCAGCAGAAGCCGAAAGAAUGCUGAAAACGUCCGGAUCUAUGCUAUCAGUUGAUGAAACUCCGACAAUGCAAAGGAUAGGUUCAACUCGAAGAACUCCGAAAUUUACUACAAGACGAUCGAAUUCAUUGAAAAAAAUCAAAACGCGGGAUGACUUUGGACCGAUUGAUAUGCAUGGACAUCUCGAUCGAAAGCAAGACUUACAGGGCGGUGGAAAAAAGGCAACGAUACGCACGUGGAAAAGAUAUUAUACAAUCCUCUGUGGACAGCUUCUAUGUUUCUUCAAAGAUGAAGACUCUUUUUUGGAAAAUUCGGCAGCUUCUGCACCGGUUAAUAUCCUGAACGCAGAAUGUGAUGCAUGUCCUGAAUACAUGAAAAAAAAGAAUACCUUCAGACUGAAAAUACAAGAUGGAUCGGAAUAUCUGUUUUCUUGUAAUGAUGACGAUAAGAUGCUAGAGUGGGUGUUGAAAAUAAGAUUUCAUGCAAAUUUGGCACCGGCACAGCAGCUUCGAAGCUUUGAUAAGGGUGAAAGCCCACCAAUGUAUUCACCACCGCCACGGCCUGGCGAAAUUCUGCGAAGACACACUACGGAUUUAGUUUCAUCAGUGGAAGUUAAUGCCUUGUCGUCAGUUCCUUACGAACCGAGAACAUACGAAAAACCCAGCACCAUAACUGGUAAUCAUUACGACGAAGAAGAAGUGACAUUGGAGCUUCAAAGUCAACUGUUUAAAACGGCAACAGCAACAUUAAUAUCAAUAGAACGUGAAAACGGGUUUGGAAACCUUGAUGGCCCUGAACUGCAAUAUCUAAAGCGUGAAAACGAAAUGAAUGGUAAACAAGUGUUGGAGCUGGAUUCGGAUUCUGUGGCAUCGUCAAUAUCGCAGCGAAAUAGUGGGAAUAUAAAAGGCGCUGACAAUGAUUUUGUUGCCUGGGUGGAAAAAUAUUCGGAUUUGUCAUCAUCAACUAAUGCUACAUCAAAUAUGCCCGUUGUCACACUAUCUGACGACACUGAUUCUGUUAAAAAGCGUAAAGCAUUUUCGUUCUUCAAGCGUAGUUCACGACACAAAGAAGGUUGCAGCAAGUGA